AUGUCUUACUUAUGUAAGGAGCGCGGGAAAGCCUUUACUGAGGCGUCUGACCUCAACAAGCAUAUGCAGAACCACAGUGAUGUCAAGCCUUACGUCUGUAAGGAGUGUGGGAAGGCCUUCUGCCAGGGCUCCCAGCUCACUAGGCACUGGGGAGAAGCCUUACUCUGUAAGGGCUGUGGGAAGGCCUUUAGCUACGCCUCGUCCCUCAUCACCCACAUUAGGACCCACACUGGAGAGAGGCCCUAUGCCUGUAAGGAGUGCGGGUGCGCCUUCAGCCACGCAUCUGCCCUCACCACACACAUCAGAAUCCACGGUGGAGAGAGGCCAUACGGCUGUGAGUACUGUGGGAAGGCCUUCAGUCUGUCCUCACACCUCAGCAGACACCACAUCUCUCACACUAAGGAGAAGCCCUAUGAAUGUACGGAGUGUGGCAAGGCCUUUAGUGACUCCUCGGCCCUCUCCACCCACAUCAAGACUCACUGGGGGGAGAAGCCCUAUGAGUGUGAGCAUGGUGAGAGGCCUCACGAGUGUGAGGAGUGUGGGGAGUCCUUCAGCUUGUCCUCCCACCUCACCAAGCACAUCCGCUCCCACAGCGCAGGGACCACCGUGUAUCAGACAUGGGACGGUUCCUUCUUACUGCUGUAG